ACGCUGCUGCCGGCGCGGGGACCGCGCGGAGCCCAGGCCCCCGCCGCCGGGCUCUCGGCUCGGCCGAGGGGCGUCCGGCCGCCGCGGCGCUGGCCUGGAAAAGUUUCCCCGCCCGGGUUCCCUAGGAGCCAGCAGCCCUCAUCCUCCUUCUCCAGCCCUGCCCGUCUCGGCCCCAUGCCCCCGCCAGCCAGCCCCGGGCCACAGGCAGUGAGCAGACACGUGGCAGCCGAGGCCCUGUGACCAGGCCAAGGAGACGCUGGGUUCUGGAAUCCCGGCCACCUGCCCCCCAUGGAGCUGAGGCCCUGGGUGCUAUGGGUGGUAGCAGCAGCAGGAGCCUUGGUCCUGCUGGCAGCUGAUGCCUGUGGCCAGAAGGUGUUCACCAACACAUGGGCUGUGCACAUCCCUGGAGGUCAGACUGUGGCUGACAGCCUGGCACGCAAGCAUGGGUUUCUCAACCUAGGCCAGAUCUUCGGCGACUAUUACCACUUCUGGCAUCGAGCGGUGACAAAGCGAUCCCUGUCGCCUCACCGCCCGCGGCACAGCCGGCUACAGAGGGAGCCUCAAGUCCAAUGGCUGGAGCAGCAGGUGGCAAAACGAAGGACCAAACGGGACGUGUACCAGGAGCCCACAGACCCCAAGUUUCCCCAGCAGUGGUACCUGUCUGGCAUCACCCAGCGGGACCUGAAUGUGAAGGAGGCCUGGGUGCAGGGCUACACAGGGCGCGGCAUUGUGGUGUCCAUUCUGGAUGAUGGCAUUGAGAAGAACCACCCGGACUUGGCAGGCAAUUAUGAUCCUGGGGCCAGCUUCGAUGUCAAUGACCAGGACCCUGACCCCCAGCCUCGGUACACACAGCUGAAUGACAAUAGGCAUGGCACACGGUGUGCCGGUGAGGUGGCCGCAGUGGCUAACAACGGAGUCUGUGGUGUAGGCGUGGCCUACAAUGCCCGCAUUGGAGGGGUACGCAUGCUGGAUGGCGAGGUGACAGAUGCGGUGGAGGCACGCUCGCUGGGCCUGAACCCCAACCACAUCCACAUCUACAGUGCCAGCUGGGGCCCUGAGGAUGAUGGCAAGACAGUGGACGGGCCGGCCCGCCUCGCUGAGGAGGCCUUCUUCCGGGGGGUCAGCCAGGGCCGCGGGGGGCUGGGCUCCAUCUUUGUCUGGGCCUCAGGGAACGGGGGCCGGGAACACGACAGCUGCAACUGUGAUGGCUACACCAACAGCAUCUACACGCUGUCCAUCAGCAGUGCCACACAGUUCGGCAAUGUGCCCUGGUACAGCGAGGCUUGCUCAUCCACACUGGCCACAACCUACAGCAGUGGCAACCAGAACGAGAAACAGAUCGUGACCACUGACUUGCGGCAGAAGUGCACAGAGUCACACACGGGCACCUCAGCCUCAGCCCCCUUGGCAGCUGGCAUCAUAGCUCUCACCCUGGAGGCCAACAAGAACCUCACCUGGCGGGACAUGCAGCACCUAGUGGUACAGACCUCAAAGCCAGCCCACCUCAAUGCUAACGACUGGGCCACUAACGGUGUGGGCCGCAAAGUGAGCCACUCCUAUGGCUAUGGGCUAUUGGACGCAGGUGCCAUGGUGGCCCUUGCCCAGAACUGGACGACAGUGGCCCCCCAGCGGAAGUGCAUCAUCGACAUCCUCACUGAGCCCAAGGACAUCAGGAAGCGGCUAGAAGUGCGGAAGACUGUGACUGCAUGCCUCGGGGAGCCCAACCACAUCACCCGGCUAGAGCAUGCUCAGGCGCGGCUCACCCUGUCCUACAAUCGCCGUGGUGACCUGGCCAUCUACCUGGUCAGCCCCAUGGGCACCCGCUCCACCCUGCUGGCAGCCAGGCCACAUGACUACUCUGCAGAUGGGUUUAACGACUGGGCCUUCAUGACGACCCACUCCUGGGAUGAGGACCCGUCUGGCGAGUGGGUCCUGGAGAUUGAAAACACCAGUGAAGCCAACAACUAUGGAACACUGACCAAGUUCACCCUUGUGCUGUACGGCACAGCACCCGAGGGGCUGCCUGCACCGCCCGAGAGCAGCGGCUGCAAGACCCUCACGUCCAGCCAGGCCUGCGUGGUGUGCGAGGAAGGCUUCUCCCUGCACCAGAAGACCUGUGUCCAGCACUGCCCACCAGGCUUCACCCCCCAAGUCCUCAACACACACUAUAGCACAGAGAACGACGUGGAGAUCAUUCGAGCCAGUGUCUGUACCCCCUGCCAUGCCUCAUGUGCCACAUGCCAGGGGCCGGUCUUCACAGACUGCCUCAGUUGCCCCAGCCACGCCUCCCUGGACCCUGUGACUCAGACAUGCUCCCGGCAAAGCCAGAGCAGCCGUGAGUCCCCACUGCAGCAGCAGCAGCAGCAGCAGCAGCAGCCACCGCCACAACAGCCAGUCCAGGACGUGGAAACAGAGCCGAGGCCUCGGGCCGGGCUGCUGCCCUCGCAUCUGCCUGAGGUGGUGGCUGGCCUCAGCUGCGCCUUCAUCGUGCUGGUCUUCGUCACUGUUUUCCUGGUCCUGCAGCUGCGUUCAGGCUUCCGCUUCCGGGGGGUAAAGGUGUACACCAUGGACCGGGGCCUCAUCUCCUACAAGGGGCUGCCUCCUGAAGCCUGGCAGGAGGAGUGCCCUUCUGACUCAGAAGAGGAAGAGGGCCAGGGCGAGAGGACCGCCUUUAUCAAAGAUCAGAGCGCCCUUUGACGAGCGCCCACUGCCUGCCUGCCCUUCAAGCCAAUCCCCUUCUUGGGCACUUUUUAAUUCACCAAAGUAUUUUUUUAUCUUGGGACUGGGCUUGGACUCAGGCUGGACGGCAAGAGGGGCACAGACUGCUUCCCAUGGUACCCUAGGGCCCACCUGGCUGCCUGAGGUGGGGCCCCAGGACCAGCUGGGGGGCAGGAGAGGGCCUCGCCCCACCCUUAGCACCCCUCUGGGUAGAGAAAGGAAUGAAACCUGUGGGGCAGCUUUCCAAGGUCCAGGCCAGCCGGAGUUCCCUGUGGAGUGAAGAGGAGCAGCCUUUCCUUUUCGGGAUUCCUGGCCCAGGCUGCAGCUCUGGCCCUUUCUCUGUCCCUCUAAAGCAAUAAUGGUCCCCAUCUAGGCAGCAAGGAGAUGGGCCGAGGGGGGAUUUGAAGGAGGAGGCCACCUCUCCAAGGGCUUUUGCAUCCCGGCCCUGUCCCCACCCUGGUGAGCCUCGGGCAGAAGUGAUCGUAGGACAGGACCAAGGCACGGAGGUGCUGCCAGGGCAUGUGUGGGCCCCUGUGCCUGCUCUGGUGAGCCUCAGGCGGAAGUGGUGAUCAUAGGAAGGGACCAAGGCCAGGAGAAGCUGCAAGGGCAUGAGGGCCUGUGUGCCUGCUCUGCACCUUGGGUCUCCACACAGCUGGCUGCCAGGCUGAGGCCCAUGCUGGUGUCCUGACCACCCUCCCCUUUCCUACUCUCGCCUCCCACCAGGGCCCAGGUCCCUGUUUUCUGAGCCCGGGGCUGCCUGGGCUGUUGGCACUCACAGUCCCGGAGCCCCUGGGUGGGUGGUGGGGAGGGACGGUGGCCCAGCCAGCCUCUCCCGCCUCCCACCCGAUGCUGCUUUCCCCCGUGGGGAUCUCAGGGGCUGUUUGAGGAUAUAUUUUCACUCUGUGAUUAUUUCACUUUAGAUGCUGGUUUUUUGUUUUUUUUUUUUUUUGUAUUUUUUAAUGGGAGUAGCAGCUGGACCACCCACCUUCUCACACCUCCUGUCCCCCCUGCUGUUCCCCGGGCUAUCCCGGCCUAAGGUACAGGGGGGCUGCAGAAUGUUGCUGAGGAAUACCCAAGCUCCAAGUCCUGAAGAGACAGGCAGGCAGGGUGGGCCCUAGGAAAGGGGGUCGUGGUGAGGCGGGGCAGGCUGUCACCCAUGUUUCAAAUGGGGCUCAUUGUGCCAAGGGCUCCUGGGUCACUGGUUCUCCGAGUGCCAGGGGUUGGUGGGUGGUGGCACUGAGCCCCCUACACUGUGCCAUGGUAGAGGAAGAAUUGACCUGUCAUGCCCCUAAGCCCCCUUCUUCUGAUGUGCCUUUUGCACCCCUCCCAUUAGGACAAUCAGUCUUCUCAAAUCUGGGAGUCCCCUUUUCUUUCCCCUAGUCUCUCCUGGCACCCAGCCACCUGCCCAGGGGUGCCCCUUUCUCCCCACCCCCCCACCCUUGUGGCCAGCCCAGCUGGUUUUGUAAGAUACUGGGUUGGUGCACAGUGAUUUUUUUUUUUUUUUCCUUGUAAUUUAAACAGGCCCAGCAUCUUUGGUUCUAUUUAAUGGACACGAGAUAAUGUUAGAGGUUUUAAAGUGAUUAAAUGUGCAGACUAUGCAAACCAGG